UUCCUGGGCAACCGAUGAAUUUCCGAGCUGAAGCGAAGAGCGAGAGCACGAUUUUACUAACCUGGAGUCCUCCCCGCCAGGACAUUAUUCUGAAGUACGAGCUCCUUUACAAAGAAAUCAGCAACAAACCAGGAACCCCGGAGUUUCUGAAGACGUUUGACCCCGUGACUUUCUUCCUGGUGAAAGAUCUCAACCCCAACACGGAGUAUGUCUUCCAGUUGGCGGCUCGCUCGGCUUUGGGCCUUGGGGCCCCGACAUCGGAGGUCAGGGAGCGCACGCUCCAGUCUAGUAGGUGUCCCUUUUCUUACCCAGAAUUCUCUGAAGGGAUCACGGUCAGGCAGGAGGCGCAACGGCUGGGGGUCGAGGUGUGGAAUGGCGACCAGG